UCCGUCCUUCGGUGCGCUUCGGUAACAUGCUGUGUCGUCGUGGCGCAAGGUGGCGUGGCGUCGGCCCAGGCCGGUGCUUGACCAGCAAGGCGUGCAUGUCGUACCAUCUUGUGGGCCAUGGAGAGGGUGUCAAGUGUACCAUGAAGCGACCUGAUGGGAUAUCCAUCUCGACAGAUAUCCCGAAAGCCAUGGGUGGCUCGAACACUGCGCCGCAACCUGUCGAGCUCUUCUUGACUUCGCUGUGCGGAUGCGAAUUGGCGACUGCGCAAUUCGUCGCCAGGCACAUGACACCUCGUAUGACGAUUGAAAAGAUCGAAUUCAACGUUCAAGCCAGUCGAAAAAAGCAGGGGGCGCUGCAUCUCCCGCUCGGAAACCAUGACGAUGCUCCACUCGCCCGUCCUGACCGAAUAUGGGGUCAAGCACUCGUGUACACGUCGGCUACCCAGAAGCAAGUUGACCAGCUUGCGGCUGAAGUCAAGACGCGAUGCCCGAUUGCAAACAUGACCGUUCUCUCGGGGUGUGUUCUCGACAUCGAGUGGAUUGCCCGUCGAGUAGUCGAGUAGAUCGUGUCCAUCGCCUUUUAAGUCAGUCCAAACACGUAUCCAAAAUGGAUGUGCAACGAAA